AUGAACGGAGAGUUUAUACCUAUAGAUAAAUCAGUAAAUGAAAAAAUUGAAAAUUGUGGGAGUUCUUUUUUUUUAAAUAGAACUGACAUUAUAUUAGAAAAUAAUGACAAAUCAAAGGAAAAUACACAUGAACAAAUUUAUGAUAAUGCUAUAAAAAAAAAUGCUAUUUAUCAAACAAUGAUUAUUAAUAAAAAAAAAAUUGAAAUUUAUCAAUUUAAAACAUUUCCAAAAAAUUAUUUAAAUAGUGUGUAUGAAUUAUUAAGUGAAGAAUUAUCUGAGCCAUAUAACAUUUUCUUACUUAAAACUAUCUUAAAGAAUUACAGUGAAAUUGCUUUAAUGUCAUUAUUCGAUGAAAAGUGUGUUGGUACCGUGAUAAGUAAAAUCUCUACAAAAUGUAAAAAUGAUGAUGAACCAGUUACUUUUGGAUAUAUAUGUAUGAUAGCUGUCCACAAAUCUAUCAAAGGAUGUGGUUCAUAUUUAUUAAAUGAAAGCAUUAAAUUAAUGCAAAAUUUGUAUGGAGUAAAUGAAGUUCACCUCGAAGCUGAAGCUACAAAUAACCCUACAUUACGUUUUUAUGAAAAAAAUGGAUUCAUUAGAAUAAAAAGGAAACCCUAUUAUUAUUUGAGUGGUGUAGAUGCUUUCAAAUUAAAAAAAAAACUAUAA